AGUCGCGAACGACCAAAAACCCGCGCUGCCCUCCCAGAGAGCUUCCCGCAGGAAAAGCGCUCGGGAGAGGAAAUUGCGCGCUUGCACCGCCCCGACACUCGACCCCAGUGAAAAUCGAUGCUGUGAUCUAUCUGCGACACGGACAAAUUAAAACCAUCGACGUCGAACUCAUUAGACGGUGCAAUUCCGCGCAAUCGACACACACGAGCACUUAUGCAAUCGUUUUCAACAGCAGUCGCCUGCUUACAGUGUGAUGUUCAGUAAUCAUUUUACAGUGCGUGAAAGUGACUUGUGUGCUGUGCCUGACAUAUGGACGUAGCCUUUAACCAUGCUUCGUUAUUUAUUUCUGUUCGGAAAACAAAAUUGACAUUGGUGCUAUUUUGAAGUGAAUGCCGGAUUGUUUUGGUUGGCAAUGCGCCAGAAUGUAUAAGAACAGCUGACUGUAAACAAACAAUUUGUGACUAUAGAGGACAAUAGUUUGCAUAAUAUUUAAAUAUUUCCUGAUUCCACACAUACUCACUGUGAAUUUACAAAAUAAUGAUGGCGGGAAAAGACGAUUCUAGUGAUAGUGACGGCCCGAUAAUAGAUGAUAACAUUAUUCGCAUACAAUUAAGAAAACCGAGUCAAAGGAAAUGGGAAUUGCGGACGCGAAAUCUUUCCCCUGGGGUGAGAUUUCCGACAGUACAACUUUUUGAUUGCGAUGGAAAUCUCCUCGUUGAAACAAAUGAUGAAAACGUAUCUAUUAAGAGUUCUGAUUUUAACGAUUAUUUAUUAAAACCAUCACAAUCUUUAAAAGAGAAAGAUUUCCGACAUAUCAUAGCCCGUAAACCUGUAAAGAAACACAAUACAAUAUCAGGUGACAAAGUAUAUACUCGCGUUUAUAGAACACCAGUCGUCGUCAAUGGUUGUGCAAAAAAUAUUAAUGAACGCUUUAUCAUACGAAACAGUAACAGUGUGUCAAACAUUCCGUGUAAACUCACAUUAAACAACUUUACUAAUUUACAAACAAAUAGCCUCGAGACCAGCCCUUUUCACUCGGAAGGUCUGAGUGAAAUAAGCAGUUACAAAAGUUCUGACAACGAAACUUGCAACGAUAUAAAUCAAACGUCCAAAACAGAUAAAGAAAAUCUGGAAAUACAGUCUGAAAAUUUAAUUGAUACUCCCAACAGUCCCUUCUCUUCACUUUCUUCGUUGAGUGAAAUUAAUCAGGUAAUCGAAGACGUGCCAUCUAACAAGGAAAACGAACCAGAUCUGACACUUCAUAAAUCUCGUUCUUUCAAUGACGCAACUCUGACCGGGUGUACGAAAGGAUGCGAAAAUGAUAAUCUGCUGCGUUCUAAAUCUGGUAUUGUAUACAAUCCCCCACACAAUAAAAUAUCUUUCCUGAACACUUACUUAAAAAGCUUACAAGCUCGAGUGAGCUCUAAUCCGGAUUGGUUUGCUCUACAUCGCCGCCGAACAAUCGAAUAUGCCCCAAAUUCACGUUCAGCGGCUAAGCGUCAGGAAUUUGCAAAGAUAGCCUCUGAAAAGCGUUCCACCUGCAGAAUAGGAGAUAAUACACCGUCGGAAAAUGAAUCCAUUAAUAUAGCGGCGGACGACGCAGUCCAUUCUGAAAUGAGGAAACGUUUGAAAAUGUAUAGACGUGGUAUAUCAGAGAUCGCGCCUAAGCACAGGAACACGAGUGUAUUUACGAAAACGAGAAGACAUUCCGUGAGUGGCACGUUUCAAGUCGUUCAUACUUCCUCGUCGGAGAGUGUGGACGAAGCUGACGUAGUACUUAACCGCUUGAAGAGGAGGAUACUCAGGAAUAAGUUGAGAGAGAAAAGACGGAGCCUCGGCGCGAAGUUUCAAUUCAGUCAGAACAACUGCAGACGUGACAGUGUUGAGAAGGAAGGUUGGCGCGAUGCGGGCGGCGGGGCCCCCGUGAGGUCCCGCCAAGCUAUGGGCUCAAACAUCAGCCAGCACUCCGCCAAAGGGUUAAAGGGGCGGCGCGCGCGUUCCAGCGGCGACCUCUGCAAUGGCGACACCAAGUCUCAGACAGAAUCGUCCGUCUGCGGGUCCGUGGUCGGCGAUGUUAUGGGCUGGAACCGGUCGUUGCCGAACCAUCUAGACGGCAACCGACACUUGGCCGACUACAGCCGAGUAAACAACAAUUACGGCGAGUUCGGGACCUACAACCGCUGCCAUCCGAAGGGAGGACGCGGCCUGCGGUACAGAGUUAGCAAAUCCGGUUCUGACGCCGAGCCAGUCUGGAAGCUCCAAGACCCCGGGUUCGACCAGGGCUACGGAUCAGAGCGGUCACCAGAAGACGACUACGUUCCUCCCAUAGCUCCGGCUGUAUCGCUGGAGGCCUAUGAGGCAGAACUGAGAGCUAUCUACCCGUUCAUCAAUGAUGAAAACUGCUUCACUGUAGUAGUAGAAAAAGAUGGCCGUGGUCUGGGCAUGUCAGUGUGUGGCGGCGGUGGCCUGGUGAGGAUCCGAAGACUGUACCCCCCUCAGCCCGCGUGGAGGACCGGGCGCCUGGCCCCCAAGGACCUGCUCCUAUCCGCCAACGGAGUACCCCUAGCCGGACUCAGCACCUACGAAGCCCUCGAGGUGCUCCGGACGGCCGCGGCGCGGGUGGAGCUGCGCGUGUGCCGGCCGCCGACAGACGUGGUCGACAGCGUCACGCCGCCGGAGCCGCCGACGCCGCCGGCCCGCACCCCCCACCCGCCCCACCUCCCGCCGCUAGACCCCCUCAACUGUCACCCUAUGCAUGCCAGGCUGUCUCAGACGACAAGCAGUGCGACGACGUCGUCGUCGGAGGGGCGCGGGCGGCGCGAGGCCAGCCCGGAGCCCGACCGGCGCAACCUGCGACUGCCGGACCUCGAUCGGCCGCUGCCCGUUUACGACGUGCAGUACGGGGAUGACGGAUCAGUGGAAUUUGACAUCGUAAUGACGAAGGUGAAUGGAUCUCUGGGCUUCACGCUUCGGAAGGAGGAUCACAGUGCGUUGGGCCAUUACGUCAGAGCGCUGGUGAGGGAACCUGCCCUCAGCGAUGGCAGGAUACAGCCUGGUGAUAGGAUUGUUGCUGUGAACGACACUGCGAUGUCCAACAUGUCUCAUGCUGAGGCGGUAGCGUUCCUGCGCGCAUGCGGCGCCGAGGUGCGCCUGCGACUGUACCGAGAUCACGCAGCCACGCCGCUAUCUCCGAUGUCUCCGAGGGAAGAGCCCACGGAUUCGGACGCACCUAUGAAUAGGCCUAAACCCCCGCUAAGGCCUGAAGCAGUAUCAAUGUUAUGCGACCUGGCGGCGCGGCGCCUCACCCCGGACGCGGCAGACGGGUCCCGCUCCCCCUGCCUCUCCCCCCGCAAGUACCGCAAGCUCACCAAGGAAAACAACCAUUACGAACAACCCAAUGAUGUUCCAAGUUCCAACAAAGUAGAACACGGUUCGGAACAUACAGAAGUGGUUCAGGAGUCGCGGCGGCCGGGCCGGACUGUGUCCCUCGCCAGCCCCACCGCACCACCCACUUGUAGAAAACAAAAGUUGAGCCUGACAGUGCCUCCCCACGGUUACGAGUUGAACAACUUGGACAAUGACACGUUAGAUGCUCCAAACUACCAGGAAGAUAUGUCACGCCAGAGGUAUCAGGAGCCAGUGUUCCCAGUGGACUCUGACGAGCCGGUGUCGAUGCCAGUCGAAUUACUGAGCGACGAGGCGCGCUUCAAGCACGCGAAUCCUGCGUAUCAAAGCGCUGUGCUCCAUACAACUAGCAGUGAUGGUCACACUACCAGCUCUGAAGGACAUAAAGAUGAUGGCAACGGUUUGAAGAAAUGGAAAGGUGUCGCAUUGUCUCCUGACAACGAGCGCAAGGUGAAGACGGAACCUCCCCCCCUGCCCAAACCUAAAGAAAUUGAUCCCGUCCAAAAAGAAAACGUCAAGCCUGAAACUCCUAAAGACAACACGUGCAAUGAACCUACGAUAGUAACAGUGGAACUGAACCGUGGCUGGAACAGUCGGCUCGGGUUCAGCGUGCAGAGCCACCCCGAGUCUGGACAGAGCUACAUAUCUGCAGUUUACAAUGAUAGCGUGGCUGCGAGGGAUGGACGGCUUAGGCGCGGUGAUGUUAUAUUGCAGGUAAACGACGAGAACGUAACAUCAAUGAAGACCCCAGAAGUGAUCGACCUGCUGCGAAUACUGAGAGGCUCUAUUUGUAUCACUGUACUGCGGCCGCCGAACCCACAGUGAACAUAUACAAACAUUUUGUUGGAUGAAGCUUACCCCCGGGCCCGCGAGACCGGGCCUGGCAGGAAAAGUGGAUGAUAUCUCGUCGGUGAAACCGAGCAUGUUACCCAACACGGGAACAAAGCACCCUGCAAGAAAAUUAAAUAAGUUGAUUAAAAUGAAUCUCUUCCCAAAGCAAUGAUAAACAUUGCACAUCGAUUGUACCUUCAUGACAUUUAUUACUUCUUACAAAUCCAAUUUAAUCGUUAAACAAUUGAAACGCAAUCAGUACCUAUCAUGAAAAUAAAACAGACCACAACUAAGUCUACGCGAUUAUUAAAUGUUUUCUUAUAUAAUUUGCUAUUCAAGUAUUAUAAUGCAUUAUUGUGAUCAGUAUGAUAAAGGAAUGAUUCGGUUAAAUCAUGUAUUUUUUUAUAAUAUAUUACGAUUAUAUUUUAAAUCAAAGCUUCAUUAUUGAAUCUUGCAUAUGAUUGUAAAUAAUCCAUUCAGUCGAAUACACGCUGUUUUGUUAAAGUUCCUAAUAGUGGAUCGUGCUAAUCUUUGCCGUCGUAAAUUAUAUUUCAUAUACUUGAUAAGUUACCUAAUAAAAUAAUUUAUUUUCGGAAAAGAUCUCUGUAGCUAUCUCAUAGACAAUUUAUUAGGAAAAUAUAUAAAUCUAUUGAUAUAAAUACAUCAUUAUAUUUAUUUAUCUAUCUUACCCGACCAAUAUAGAUACUCAAAGAUAGUCUAACGAAUAAUGAAAAAAGUAUUUUUAUUUUAUAUGUACACUAUGGUUGAAAGGCAAUAAGCGGCUUUUAUUUCAGAAUUAAUAUAUUAUGACUAUUAAAAUUAUGGAACUUUAAAGUUAUUAUAUUCUUAUUAGAAAAUGAAUUACAGAGUAGAAUUUCUAAAUGUAAGCGACAAGUUAAGGCAUCUGGCGGCCUAUAUUUGUGCAAAUAUAAAGUCCCUUGACUAAUAAAAAGUAGACUAUGUUAUUGUAGAAAAUAUUGAAAUGUCAUGAAGUAUAGCAUUCCAAGAGGUUAGCCUUUGUAAAUAAUGUAAAGUUAAAAGACAGUUUAUGUAGUCAUUGUGAAGUCGCGUUAUGUGCAAUUGUCAAAUGCAACAAACUGCAAAAUGUCGCUUAGGUUUUUUUUAUUUGUGAAUAAUAUUUUGCUCAAAUAUAUUUGUAGUCAGAACACAAUGGUUACUUUGAUGAUUGCCCGUAACGUUUUAUUAACAUGUUUGUAGCGUCACAGGAUUUGUGUACCUUACGAGUAAACGUAUUGAGUGACGAAUUGCAUGCGACCAAAUGCAGAUCCCUGGUCUAUACAGAUAAAAGUACACGUUUGUCGAUAAGCGCUAAUGCGACAAACUAAAACCCUUGAGUUAAAUUGCUAUUACGAUUAUAAAUGAAUGCAUUGUACGCUAUACUUCCUAUAGGCACUGAAUAUAAAUUCUAGUCAAAUCUAAAUUUUAAUUGAAAUUAUUACACAGUUAGCCUUUGAGAAAUAUAAUAUUGACGUAAAACAGUAGUUAAAUUAUAUUCUUACAUAAAUAAAUAAAUAAAAUAUUAUACAAUAUUCACUCUUUGAUUUCUCAUAAGGUGUCUAUUUGUUAUGAACUUGAAAGAUUUUAUCAACAAAUCUAUUUGAAUAUUAACGAUACUAGCAUAAGCUGAUAGAAAUAAAUUGUUUAGAGAAAAAGUAUAAUGAAUCAUUACCCAUAAAUCAAGCUGAACGAAUCAAUCAACUGAUAUUCUAAAGUAAUUGUGAUGGAAUUGUGUUAGUUUAACCGUGUAACGUAUACUAGAGGUAAAUAAUGUGCAACCGCAGUAGAUGUGAAAUGGCCCAGCGCACCCAUAGCUAUGUACGUACAUAUUGAUUUCUUCACCCAUUAGUUUAAUGGUAGGUAUCUGAAUGUUAAGUUUCUUGUCAGCCAUCUUCUUUCCGAAUUAAUUAUUUAUAUCAUCAUACACAUAUAUACACAUAAUGCGAUAAAACUACUUCUUAUAAAGAAUAUAAAAUGCCUUAGAUCAACUACUGCCUUGACCUUAUGAUAUUUAAAAAACAUUAUUUUCAACCAUUCGCAAACAUUGUAUUGACACUUAAUUUUGAAGAUAUAAAAAACUACGAUUUGAAGACUAUGAGAAUACUAUCGUCACAAAACACGCGAUGUUAUUGGUCAGUUGACUAGCCACGACUAGGAAGCACGCACGACAUCCCUUAGAAAGUACUCUUGUCACGACUAUUCGUGACACAUAUCUUGUCACUAAAUGCGUGACCAAUAUGGACAGGACCUGAGGAACAAGAAACCUAUCCCAUUAGCAACUCCAAGCUUAUUUCUCACUAGCUCAAAGCUGGCAGUAAAAUAUCGCUGACCAUUGUCUUCACGAUUAACGAAAUAUUGCUAAACUUUUCAAAAUGUUACAUAAGAAAAGAAAUUCCUAAGAAGCAAAAACUAGUUGUUUCAUAAAGUGGGAUAGAUGUCUAAAACUGAUAAUAAUUAACCUUGAUAAGUAAAAUAUGCCACUGUCAUAUUUGGAAAGUAUUCUGAUAGUCUUUAACUACAUUAUUUGAUUUCUUCUAAAUGAUAAAUUAAUUCCAUAAUUGCACAUCGCCUACUAGUCGAUCAUGCCUUAACAAAGUCUGGGCCGUAAUCGUUGUGACGUUGAUAUUAUUUCACCGAGUAUCGUGUCAGUCAUAGAAAUAUUAAUGGAAUGUACGAUAAACUUAAUUACCUUACUAUGAUACGAAUAAAAAUAUGAAAUUAAAUUA